UCAAACAGAGUUGCAAAGGCUCUUUUAAUCAGCUCUUUGGUCCCUUUAUUGUCACAAAUGAGUCAGUGUCAAGAAAAACAUUUUAAGGAAGUAGUUUUGGCAGAAACAGGAAAUUCAGCGCUGCAGUUCAUAUACCAAGACAAACUGAAACACUGAAUAGAUUUGUGAAACAACCUCAACAAAGAAUACUAGAAAUAUCUCUAAAGAUCACAAGAUGGAAGCUCAACAAGUGUGGCAUCUUUCUUUGGUGUCGAUCUGGACAAUUGUCUUUUUCUUGAUUUCUGUAUGCUCAGGAAUGAACACACUGAAACUCAGGCUGGAGAACACAGUCUUUGUGGCUUUCACAGGCGAAGAGAUCAACAUUAAUUGUGAGUUGGAGUUGCCAGCAAACCAAAGCAGAGACAUUUUGACGUGCUCCGAUCCUCUCCAAACUCUGAUUUAUAGCUGUGACGUCUCUGAGACAACCGGCCAGACACAAAGUGUCAUACUGACGUUGGAGCUGAAAAAUCUGAAAAUGUCAGGAGAAUACAGUUGCCAGUAUAAAACAGCUAAGGUUUACUGGUUUCUUCGAGUAAGAGGUGACGGCUACAAGGAUCUCGUAAUGUUGGAUUACACAGAAUUCAUCAUAGUUGCUGUCUUCACUGGUGUGCUGCUGGUUUUCAGUGUGGUUGGCUCAGUGUGUGUCUUCAGAGGACAUGGGAAGAAAUGCACCACUGAACACGGCAACACCGGUAGAAAACGAAAGCAAAACAGAGAAGAAAUGAAGGAGAGAGAGAUGGAGGAAGACAACAUGGAUGAAAUAACAGCUCCAUCUACGUCUUUUUAUGCUAGUCUAGAGACUCGGCCCAGGUCCAUUUAUGAUGUGCUGGAUCACUCAGCUACCAACAGAGAGCCAGACCAAAGCAAAGCUAAACCCAAGAAAAGGGAACCCAAAGUAACGAUGGCAAAACCCACACAAGACCAGCAUGAAGGCGUAUUUGAGUCAGUCUAUGAAAAUUUUUGAACCAGAAAUAAACUUGUUUUACCAGGUUGGGAUAUUCAUAUCA